GCGCCAGAGCGAUGUGACCCGGGGCCGGGGGCGCGGGCGGGCCGCAGCGAUGUGGCUGAAGCCGGAGGAGGUGCUGCUGAAGAACGCGCUGAAGCUCUGGGUGACCCAGAAGAGCAGCUGCUACUUCAUCCUGCAGCGGCGCCGCGGGCACGGCGAGGGGGCCGGCCGGCUCACGGGUCGCCUGGUGGGCGCUCUGGAUACGGUGCUGGAUUCCAACGCCCGGGUUGCUCCAUUUCGGAUUCUGCUGCAAGUUCCCGGGUCCCAGGUUUAUUCUCCCAUAGCAUGUGGUGAGUUACUGAACGGAUCAGACGUUUACUGGGCCGUAGCCACCGGUGCAACGUUAGAAGAAAUAAACCAGCAUUGGGACUGGUUGGAACAAAACCUCUUGCACACGUUGUCUGUCUUUGACAAUAAAGAAGACAUCGCUAGUUUUGUGAAGGGGAAAGUGAAGGCUCUGAUUGCAGAGGAGACGAGCAGCAAGCUGGCAGAGCAGGAAGAGGAGCCUGAGAAGUUCCGAGAAGCCCUGGUGAAGUUCGAGGCCAGGUUUAACUUCCCGGAGGCAGAGAAGCUGGUCACCUAUUACUCCUGCUGCUGCUGGAAAGGCAGAGUGCCCCGCCAGGGCUGGCUCUAUCUCAGCAUCAACCACCUCUGCUUCUACUCCUUCUUCCUGGGCAAGGAACUUAAACUCGUAGUCCCUUGGGUUGAUAUCCAGAAGUUAGAAAGAACAUCCAAUGUCUUUCUGACGGAUACCAUCCGAGUCACCACGCAGAAUAAGGAGCGUGACUUCUCCAUGUUCCUGAACCUCGAUGAGGUGUUCAAGAUUAUGGAGCAGCUGGCGGAUGUGACGCUUCGAAGGCUGCUGGACAAUGAGGUCUUUGACCUGGACCCAGAUCUGCAGGAACCAAGCCAGAUCACCAAGAGGGAUCUUGAAGCCAGAGCACAGAAGGAGUUCUUCCGGGCUUUCUUCAGGUUGCCGAGGAAGGAGAAUCUGCAUGCGAUUGUGGACUGUUCCCUGUGGACGCCGUUCAGCCGCUGUCACACGGUGGGGCGGAUGUUCACCUCUGACAGUUACAUCUGCUUUGCUAGCAAGGAAGACGGCUGCUGUAAUGUGGUCCUGCCCCUCAGAGAGGUGGUGAGCAUCGAGAAGAUGGAGGACACAAGUCUGCUGCCGAACCCCAUCAUCGUCAGCAUCCGGAGCAAGAUGGCCUUCCAGUUCAUCGAGCUGAAGGACAGGGACAAGCUGGUGGAGAGUCUGCUGGUGCGGCUGAAGCAGGUGCACGCCAACCAGCCUGUGCGUUGUGACACCUCGAGAAAUGAGGACAUGACUUCCCCUGUGUUUCAUUCAACAAGCAUGUGCAACGAUCACAAGUUUGGGGAUCUUGAAAUGGUGUCUUCUCAACACAGCGAGGAAAGCGAGAAAGAGAAGAGCCCGCUGCUCAACCCCGAGGCCCUGAUAACCAUCUUCCAGCAGUCCAGCCCCCAGAGCCCCGACUCCCGCAUGUCCAGAGAACAGAUAAAAAUAAGCCUGUGGAAUGACCACUUUGUGGAAUACGGCAGAACCGUGUGUAUGUUUCGCACAGAGAAGAUCCGGAAGCUGGUAGCCAUGGGGAUCCCUGAAGCCUUACGUGGCAAGCUAUGGCUCCUUUUUUCAGACGCUGUCACAGACCUCGCCUCACAUCCUGGGUACUACGGGAAUCUAGUGGAGGAGUCCAUGGGGAAGCCUUGCCCGGUGACGGAGGAGAUCGAACGCGACCUGCACCGCUCUUUACCGGAGCACCCCGCCUUCCAAAAUGAAACGGGAAUUGCAGCUUUGAGGAGGGUCCUGACAGCCUAUGCCCACCGGAACCCCAAAAUUGGAUACUGUCAGUCCAUGAACAUCCUGACCUCAGCCUUGCUGCUGUAUGCCAAAGAGGAGGAAGCCUUUUGGUUGCUGGUUGCUGUGUGUGAACGGAUGUUGCCCGACUACUUCAACCACCGAGUGAUAGGGGCUCAGGUGGACCAGUCUGUCUUCGAAGAGCUCAUCAAGGAGCACCUCCCCGAGCUGGCGGAGCACAUAAAUGACCUCUCCGCCUUGGCGUCCAUUUCUCUCUCGUGGUUCCUGACUCUCUUCCUCAGCAUCAUGCCUUUAGAGAGUGCGGUGAAUGUUGUUGACUGCUUCUUCUAUGACGGGAUCAAAGCCAUUUUCCGGCUGGGGCUGGCUGUGCUGGAAGCCAACGCCGGGGACCUCUGCAGCAGCAAGGACGACGGCCAGGCUUUGAUGAUCCUAAGCAGGUUUCUAGAUCACAUUAAGAAUGAGGAGAGUCCCGGGCCCUCAGCUGGCAGCCAUCAUGCCUUUUUCUCCGACGACCAGGAGCCCUGCCCUGUGACUGACAUUGCUGACUUGAUCCGGGACUCCUACGAGAAAUUUGGGGACCAUUCUGUGGAGCAGAUUGAGCACCUUCGCUGCAAACACAGGAUCAGGGUUCUCCAAGGCCACGAAGACACCACAAAGCAAAACGUGCUUCGUGUUGUUAUCCCGGAAGUCUCUAUUCUUCCCGAAGACUUAGAGGAACUCUACGACUUAUUCAAGCGAGAACACAUGCUGAGCUGUUAUUGGGAGCAGCCUAGUCCUGUGGUUCAGCGCCACGACCCCAACAGGCCCUAUGUGGAGCAGUACCGCAUAGACUCCCAGCAGUUUACAAACCUGUUUAAGCUUGUCUCGCCAUGGACCUGUGGGACCCACACGGAGACCCUCGCGGAAAGGACUUUUAGGCUCCUGGAUGACAAUAUGGACCACCUCAUCGAAUUCAAGGGAUUCGUUAGCUGUCUCGAUAUUAUGUAUAACGGAGAAAUGAAUGAAAAGAUUAAACUGCUCUAUAGGCUUCAUACCCCUCCAGCACUCACUGAAAAUGACCGGGACAGCCAGUCACCAUUAAAGAGUCCUCUGUUGUCGACUUCGAGACCCCUGGUUUUCGGGACAUCGAAUGGUGAUGCAGCUGAUUACCAGAAACAACUGAAGCAGAUGAUUAAGGAUUUAGCCAAAGAAAAAGAUAAAACGGAGAAAGAGCUGCCCAAAAUGAGCCAGAGAGAAUUUAUCCAGUUCUGCAAAACUCUGUACAGCAUGUUCCACGAAGACCCAGAAGAAAACCAUCUGUACCAGGCCAUCGCUACGGUGACCACCCUGCUGCUGCAGAUAGGCGAAGUGGGCCAGCGCAGCAGCUCCUCUGGAAGCUGCUCCCAGGAACCAGGGGAGGACCUGCAGGAUCCAGCACCUUCUCCCGACCAGGACUCCGUUUUUGCCAACACUGGGUCUGUCCCCCAGGGCUCCCCAGCAUCUCCCGAGGAGGCAGCCGCAGGAGACUGGACUGUCUCUCUGGAACACAUUCUAGCAUCCCUGCUGACUGAACAAUCGCUAGUGAACUUCUUUGAAAAACCACUAGAGAUUAAAUCUAAACUUGAAAACGCCAAGAUCAAUCAGUACAGUCUCAAGACCUUUGAAAUGAGCCGCCACUCUCAGGCUGAGCUCAAGCUGAGCAACCUGUAGCCAGACGGCAGCUUGCUGUGUAGACUGGAGCCCACCAUACCAAAGCAAGGACCCCAGACUGGUUCAUGGGUUGUCAGUCCACAAAUCCUGGUCUUAAGUCUAGUUCCUUUAGGGUACACUUUACAGACUGGAUUAUCUGGACAGAGCGACCCGACAGCCAGAACCGUAGCUAGGGAAACUGAAGCAGCCCUCAGACAUUUCUAUUUAUUCAAGAAAAUCAACAACUGGACAUUGCCAAUGCUAUAGGGCAUCCAUCCAACAGUUGGCUCAACCCCGUGGCUCACAUCACUUUACCAGAUCUGCUGAAAAUGGGCACCUCUGUUGUGACGAUAGUAUGCUUUUGUUCCUGACGUGGCCACAAGUCACAUUGUCGCGACCAGGAGACCAGCCCCCAUGCUCCUCUUUCACUUGGAACGACGAGUGAGGUUUUAGUGAAGUUCACGCUCAAGGUCUGAGAGCCACUAUCUGUGCAACUGUAUUUGGCUUUUUUUUUUUUGCACUAAUUUUGUUUCAAUGCUGGUAAUUGAAACCAUUUUAAUAUAUUUGGUUGUAUUCACUUUGAAUGUCCUUCCAAAAAUGUUCUGUACAAACCAUGCUUUUGGAUGCUGGCCUUAAGUUUUUUAAUAAGAAAUUUUUGUAUUGACUUGGUCCUUUUCUUUCAUCUUAUAUUUCAGCCUUUUAAGGUCUGGAUGGUUCUUAUCCUCACCAGGCCAGCUGAACUGCUGGUGACUAGGUGAGCUGGAUAGACGUCUCCACCACCACCCGUGUGCUCAGUUGAGGUCACCGACCCCACCUUGGCUGUGCAGCACAACUACCGUAGGGCUUCAAAAAGGACCUCUACGACAACACUUAAACGUCAGUGGUGGAAACACUGGGGAAGACAAUCCCUCAACAAAUGUUAUGUAAAUUUGCCCUCACUGGAACCAUCUCCCGAUACAACAAAUCCUUCACCACAGUCACCAAAUCCUUCCCCGCAGUCACCGUCCAUUAGGUUCACUGUGAGGGACAGAGCUUGUUCAUACCCCGGGGGCUGCCUGUGUCCAGAAGCUCUAGGGGGCAGGGGUGGUGAGCGGGCUUGCUGAGUUGACUCUGAUUCCCAGCUGCCCCACAGGGUUUUCUAGGUGGUCAUCUUUACGGGAGCAGAGCGCCAGGUCCUUCUUUUCUCUCGCAGACCCACUGGGUGGCCGAGCACUUACCCUCUGGGCCACCAGGGCUUAGGUGGUGAGCCAGGCCAACAGUUUUUAGGAAAAAGCUCCCCAAUGAUUUCAGCAUUGAGAACCUCUUUAGGACACUCCGCCCCACAAACACAAGCAUAUGGCAUUUAGAAAGGAAAACAGAAUCAGGAAGGCAGUUUUAUAACUUUAUUUGAUAAUCAGCUUAGUUUUCAUCCACAUUGACUGUCUGUAGGUCUGCAAAAGAAAUAACAGCCAGUCGAUUUCCAGACUCACAUUUUAACUUCAAAAACAUUUUCUUGAAGGUUUUGGGGCAAGUACUAUUCCAUUUUUCAUAUGAUCUUUUUACAACCCAGAUAUAAUCAGUGUUUUGGUGUUUCUUCUACUCCUUCCAUGUGUUUAAUGGACCACAGUUUUGUAUCCUUUUGCAUUUGCCCAUGCUAGUAGAGAAUUUUUAAAAAUGUGUAAUGAUCACGCCUGUAACUUACAAGUCCCUACAGGAAGGGCCCCUAGCAUAUAAGUACACGCUAAGUAUUUGUUAGUUAAAUAGGUAAAUUCGGGUCACAGAAGAGCUAAAGACUUUUUUUUUUUUUUAAAUCUGACUGAAAUAGCUUUGUGGGAUUAAGUAAACUUACUUUUGAAAGUGGUGACAGGUACAUAUGUAACCAACGUAUAGAGCUUGUUUGGUGAGUCUUCAUCCUCGUUACGUUUUCUGGACAACCGUACACGGAUUCGGUAUGGGACGUUCCUAAGGAAAAAUACAAAUAAAUGUCUCACAAGGACAGGGCCUCCUUUCAAGAAAACAGCCACUAGCCAUGUUCACACAUCCCACCUUUGCUCCUGUAACAUGUUCCUGACAGGCCGUCUGUCACUGUAAUCUGUCCAACCAGCCUCUAGAUGGCUGUCAGUCCCUGGAAAAUCAAACACCCCCCCCC